GCGACAUGGUCUCGCCCCCCGCCGCGGUCGACCACUUCUCGGGCAUGCCCGUGGCUCAGGACACGAUGGGCAAGUCCGUCCCCGAGGUCACCAAGCUGCGCGAGUGGGAAGACCAGCACGAGAAGGAGCUCGACGCCAUCUCCCGCAAGGAG